UCUUCCAUAGGCCCACAAAUUCCAGCACAUCUUCUAACCGUCACGUCAACCGAGGAUUCUGAUGAAGAGGAUGAUUACACCCCGGCUCUGCCACCCGACCUUGCUGCUGCCCGCACAGCUGGACCUUCGUUGCCCUCAAAGAGUGAAUCGAAUUCCCCACCUCCGAAACGACAAUACGUAGGGUCAUCAUUACCUCGCUCACAAGCUCCUUACGAUGAUGACUCGGAUUCAGAUGUUGGACCUCAACCACUUCCGGCUGCUUAUGCUUCGCGAGUAGAAGGAAAGUCGGGUGUGGAAGAGUUCUUGGAGAGGGAGGAAAGGAGAAGGAAGCUCCAAGAAGAAGCGAGCAAGCCGAAAAAGCUUCAGCGGGAGGAGUGGAUGCUUGUACCUCCAAAAAGUGGGGAUUUAUUGGCGUCACUCGACCCUACGAAAGCUAGGCCUCGUCAAUUCGCACGCAGUUCUGCACCAACGCGGGAUACUGUUGGAUCUUCCCUUUGGACCGAGACACCUGCGGAGAAACAGCAACGCCUUGCUGACGAAGUUGCUGGACGGAAACGACGGGCAACAAAUACUGAACCAGAGGAAGAUUCGCAUGAAGCAGCUAAGCGACGGCGACGGGAUGAGGAGAUUCGUAGAGGGGUUGAAGAGCACACGCGCAAGGCUCGUGGUUCGGCCCUUGUCGAGAAACAUAUAGAGCGAGAAAAAGAGGAAGAGAAGCACAAGCAGAGUGAACCAUCUGUGAUAUGGGACCAUGAACGCGAUAUGUCUCUGGGCGGACGGCUUAUGGACGACAAACAGAGGAAAAAAAUGCUUCUCGAUGCCAAAGGACUCGGAGAGCGUUUCGGUAGUGGGCGCAGUGGAGGAUUUCUGUGA